GAUAUGAAUGCAACGAAUGUGACAUGUAUAGACCACACCUCAAGGGACGGGUCUGGUCUAUUUAUAGAUCGAGGCAAGCUAUCGUACAUCAAGAACAGUCGAUUUGAGAGGAAUUACGCCGACGAGAAAGGGGCUUCUGUGAGGUCAAAGAACGGUGGGCUGGUGAUUGACGCGUGCGUGUUCAUAGAGAGCCACUCAGACUUGGGUGGAGCCGUCCACGGCCGUUUAAACGUGACAGUAACGAAUUCAGCCUUCAAUAGCACCACCGCACAAACACACGGGGGGGCUGUGUACUCUCACGCAGACAUUGUCGUGCGCAUGUCAACGUUUUCAAACAGCAUGGCAGCUAAUUCAGGGGGAUCACUGUAUACGAAUGACGGUGCAGUGGUAGUGACUAACAG